AUGGCAGAUGCUAUUCCUGUAAAGCCUAUGGAAACGUCUGCACCUACAGUAACUCCUCUUGAAUGGCCUGAGAACAUGACACUUACCGAGGGAAUUGUCCUUGCCGUCUUGCCCUUUGCAGCUCUUGUCUUGUGCUACGUCAUGCUACGACUUGUAUGGCGUGUUCCUGCACCUCUUCCAAUACGUUCAUCUGUACUAUCCUAUGGUACAACCGAUGAAUCCCUAAAGCCAAUUACUGCUAUUAAAACAUCACUUGUAGAAGAAGGAGAAGUUGCUGGCGAUUAUCAAGAACACUGGUACAAUACCUUUGAUUUUGCUUUCCUCAUUGGUAUGACCAUCUAUGGUUGUAUCAUGCUUGGAUUGACCUAUAUCUACGAACGACAAUGGCUCAUGGAACCCUAUUUCUGGCUCAUGCAACUGCCAAAGCUUGUGGUUAUGAUGGUCGUGUCUCUUGUUGGUGGAAUUAUCUGUCGUUGUUUCUGUGAUGUGGAUGAAAAAGGUUACAUUAUGACUAAUAAAUCAUCCAAAUUCAAAGUAAACUACACUAGAAAACUCCAGCAUUUUGCAGCGUACAUGGUGCCAUUGGUCAUUAAAUCAGACUACCAUGGCCCCAUUGCUCUCGCUUGGGGUGACUUUUUCACAAUGCUUGGUUUUCUCGUGCUCAUCAAGCCUAUUCGUGAACAUUCCAAGUUCUUUAUGCUGCAAUUCAACUCACUAGAUCGUCCGGAGGAUCGCCCAAAUACACUCAAGUGGAUCAUUGUGGGCAAUAUUGCUCCAGGCAUGUUCAUUCUCAUGUUUUUCAAGUGGUUAUUUGCGGCUCAGGGAGCAUUGACGUUCAUCCUUGUCUUUAUUACGGGCAUUGGGGAUGGUUUAGCAGAACCUGUGGGGAUCACAUGGGGACGUCAUAAAUACAAGACACGCAGUUGUUUCUCCAAGAACAAAUACACACGUAGCUGGGAAGGCAGUGCAUGUGUCUUCAUUUCUGGUCUCGUAUUCCCUGCACUACAGUACGAUGCAUUCGACAACUUUUGGCAGGUUUUGCUCUCAAUGGUGCUAUUGGCACCCACGAUGGCGUAUGCAGAGGCCACUGCUCCGCACACGAUGGAUACUCCCGUAUUGAUGAUCGGGUGUGGCGUUAUUCUGUACGCUAUCGUCAAUCUCGUCUAA